AGUGGAAGAAUCAAAGUAAAGAGGAGCGACCGGCAGACCGGCGGCCCUAGGCAGGCUCCCGCUUUAUAGGAGAGGACCUAAGGAGGCCCCCGAAGAGGGUCCCAGCUCCCCCCUCCGGCCCCCCAUUUUCUUUUAUCCCUGUCCCUUGUUCCUACACUUAUAAUCCAUCCUCUCUGUGUCUCUACUCCUGAUCAACCCCCGACGCACCUCCCUUGCUCCUAACCCCCCGGUCAUCUUUUACCACGGUGAGUGGACAAAAAUUACCUGCUGUGCGUGCCUGCUUUGCGAGCACAAUCUCUCCUUUCCUCUCGCUCGUUAUCCUUCCUCCCUCCUCUUCUCGCUCGCUCUCCAUCUGCCACCCCAUGCGAGACAAAGUGUGAAGUUUACAGACGCAUCCUCAAAGUGUCUACCACGAGGAAGGAAGAUUGAAUAAUAACAGUGGCCAGUGACGCGGCGAGUGAGCCGCUAACCAUUUACUAUUUUUGCUCAGGGCUCAGCCUCCAAAUUCUCAUCGUCAGGAGAGACUCUGCAAUCGUUGGAGUUAUUUACGCACUGUGGAAUCGUGAAAACGCAACUCGAGUGUACCCCGCACCAAAAUCCACGUGAGAACGAACGAGUCUGUGCAACAUUAUAAAUAUACAUAAUCGAAUAAUCGCUCAGUUCGAACGACAAGAGAUUCGGUAAUUAAACUGUUCGGGUGAAAGGACCGCGGAAGGUGACUCGGUCAGUAAAACUCAACGGGCGAAAAAGACCAACGAGAAUCCCUUCUUUGAAGGAAGCAGCUAUGAUGAAAGAGAGAAAGUGAAAGAAAAAGAAGAAAAGGAAAAAGUAGCAAGGAAAAAUCGGGAGGAAAGAAAAGAGAAAAUAAAUAAAGCGAUAGAAAUAGGGGGAAGAAGAAAAACGAAGGAACCAGGCGCUGAAUCAGGGUGGUGGAAUAGUGGGGUGCUCGUUGGCGGCAGUGGUGGUGGUGGUCCGUGGUUGUAGUAGUGGCACUGGUAGUGGUGCGGUGGUCGUGGUGGUGGUAAAGUGGUCCGGUGCUUGCUGGUGCUGCUUGGCGCUGGUGGUGAAGCUGCUGUCGCGGAUAACGUCGACCUCUGCGAGCCGUACCACGUAGCUCGGGUAACACGAGAUAGUCGAGUGGCGAAAGAGUGAGAGGAACGGCCAGCUUCCUCCCGGUUUCGGGGAAGUUGGGCGUCCUUUUAUAAGAAUUUACCUUCGAGGUGACAUUCUUCAAAAAUGUAACCUUCCUUUUUCUAUUAUCCAUGAGAAAGAGCGAGAGAGAGAGAGAGAGAGACUGGGAAGGUUACGAUACGAAAAGCAAACAGUGAAUUGUGCUACAAGAGUGAGAGUUCGUGGUUGUUUAUAAACUUAAUCGACGAGUGAGACGCGAAGAGUGAUAAAACACCGAGAGAAAGAGAGAGCGAGAGAGAGAGAGAGCAGCCCGAAACGAGGAUAAGCUUAAGAAUAUAUGAAUUAAGCUCGUCUCGCGUGGUUUAGGUGAGAGUGUAUAAACGAGAUAUUUACAUGCGAACAAUCCGUUUUUGAUGGUCGAGGAGAAAGCCCUGUCACUUUUAGUCCGGGAGGGCCCGGAGGCGGCGAAGGAAGAAGACCAACGAGAUCACCAUCGUCGAGAUCAACUGCAGAAACAACAGCGGCAACAACAUCAACAGCAACGACGUCGCGGACGGAGAAGAAGGAGACGAAUUCAUCAAGCUUUAUCUCAUUGCGAACAACCCGAACAAUUUCAACAUAUAAACCCUCAUUUCGUUCGGCCAAAUUUACACUUACGAGAUUCGAGCUGUUCGACUCUCGAAAAAAGAUCUAACAGAGGUCUCGUCAGGUACGCGAGGAUGAGGUCACACGCAGCAUCGUGGAGCUUCGUGCUUCUUGCUGCUACCGUCGCACUCGUGCCGGCAACACACACACCGCCUUUUGAACACGCCGCCGGUGGUGGGAGCAUGUUCGGCGACGUCAACAUCUCGGCGAUCCUCGACUCCUUUUCCAUCAGUUAUGAUAAAAGAGUAAGGCCGAACUACGGAGGUCCUCCCGUCGAGGUGGGGGUCACCAUGUACGUCUUGAGUAUCAGCUCGCUAUCAGAAGUCAAAAUGGACUUCACGCUGGAUUUCUACUUCCGGCAAUUUUGGACAGAUCCACGACUCGCCUUCAAAAAAAGAACGGGCGUUGAGACGCUCAGCGUGGGCUCGGAAUUCAUUAAAAAUAUUUGGGUGCCCGAUACGUUUUUCGUUAAUGAAAAACAAUCGUACUUUCACAUUGCGACCACCAGCAACGAGUUCAUUCGCAUACAUCAUUCGGGCAGCAUCACGCGAAGUAUACGCUUAACAAUCACCGCUUCUUGUCCAAUGAACUUACAGUACUUCCCGAUGGACCGACAGCUCUGUCACAUCGAGAUCGAGAGCUUUGGAUACACAAUGCGCGAUAUUCGGUACAAAUGGAACGCGGGCCUACAAUCGGUCGGCAUAUCAAGAGAGGUGGAACUGCCGCAAUUUCGCGUGCUCGGGCACAGGCAACGUCAGACAACCAUACACCUCUCUACAGGAAAUUAUUCUCGGCUAGCUUGCGAGAUCCAGUUCGUCAGAUCGAUGGGCUACUACCUGAUCCAGAUCUACAUACCCUCGGGAUUAAUCGUGAUAAUCUCAUGGGUGAGCUUUUGGCUAAACCGAAACGCAACCCCCGCUCGGGUCGCCCUCGGAGUAACCACUGUGCUUACCAUGACAACCCUCAUGUCCUCGACUAACGCAGCCCUCCCCAAAAUCUCCUACGUCAAGUCCAUCGACGUCUACCUGGGAACUUGUUUCGUCAUGGUCUUCGCCUCGCUCCUCGAAUACGCGACAGUCGGGUAUAUGGCCAAGAGGAUUCAAAUGAGGAAGAACAGGUUCCAAAAAAUAGCGGAAAGCAUGAAAGCCGCGAGAGAAAAUCCAGGACCACCCGGAGUUCCAGGUGUCGGUGAUCACGGGGACCACGCGCCCAAACAAACUGAGGUGCGGUUCAAGGUGCACGACCCCAAGGCACACAGCAAGGGUGGCACGCUCGAAAAUACCAUAAACGGUCGUGCCGACGAGGAAGCCCCACCUGCGCCCCAGCAUCUCAUCCAUCCUGGGAAGGACAUAAGCAAGCUCUACGGUACGCCAUGCAUCACACCAUCGGAUAUCGACAAAUAUUCGCGCAUCGUAUUUCCGGUAUGCUUCGUAUGCUUCAAUCUCAUGUAUUGGAUAAUCUACCUUCACAUCAGUGACGUUGUCGCGGACGAUCUCGUAUUUCUCGAGGAAGCUAAGUAAUGAGCCACAACUUUAUCGAGAAACCAUGCUAAUUCGAGAAAAUCUACCGAAUACGAGCGAAAUAAUGAAAACAAAACAAAACGGCGGAUCCAUCGAUGCGGAUCAGAUCGAAGAGUUCUCAGAGCGAAUUAAAAACAAACUAAAAGCGAAACGAAACGAUUUAAAAAUAAUAAAUAACAAUAAUAAACGAAGAAUCGCCGCUCGAGUAAGCGCCAGUGGCGACGGAGACACCACGACGACGAAAAAGCGAAACUAAAACGUGCUGUGACUUUAAUUCGACUUUCGGGAGCUGCAGCGACAAAGACAAUUGACAACACGUACGAAAAAAAAAAAAAAAACACACCCACACACACAGAAAUAAAAAGAAAAAACGUGAAUACACAAAAACACACUUGCCGUACGUUAAACAUAAGUAAUAAUAAUUAAUAAUUUACAAUAAUAUUAAUAAUAAUAAUAAUAAUAAUAGUUAUAAAAAUUGAAACGAUUUGGUGCGAGCUGGGCUCGCCUUAAUCGCGAGAUUAGCAUAAAAAGAGAAGAAACUCGAUAAAGAGAUAUCGAAAGUUACGAUUUGAUUUAUCUUCCGUUUCGCCUUUUUCCUUUUUCACCCCUCGCGAGAGGCUCGGUUACGUAUGAGAGAUUUACGAAAGAAUAUGUAUUCCGUGAGUGAAUGAGAUAAAAUAAAAUACAUGUAUACAUACCAUAGGAAUUAAAGUUAUACAGAUUUUAAGUGAUUCGAAAAGAAAACGAGGAGAAAAACACUAAAAAACUGUACGAAUAUAAAGAUUGAAAAAGGUGGAGGGGAGGAGGAAAAUUGAUUAAGUAAAUAUAAAAAAUAGAACCAAAUUGGGCCAGUGAGCGACGCUCAGAUAAUAUACUCGCGAUGUAAUCUUUCGUCCAAACUGGUCCACGCUCAAUGACUCUUCCUUCAUCAUGGACAGAGGGCUAAACGCACGCACCUUAAACUCACGCACUCGUGGAAACGACUUCUAUCGAUCGACGAUAUAAUAAAUAAACGACAAAAAGACACUAACACACGCGUACACUUACACACCAUACGGAGACAAAAUCCAUCAUGUUUAUAUAUAGUAUACUAUUAUUAAAUAUUUUAGUAUACUAUAUACAUUAGCACAUAUAUAUUGAAAAUUGAAAAAAGAAAGCGUGGACUCGUUUCCAUCGAGACAUAACGCUCAAUAAUAAUUCAUAAAUCGAAGGAACAAACGUGUUUUUUUGAGAAUUAAAAAAAAAAAAAAAAAAACAAAUACGUGGAUAAGGAUAAAUAUAACAAUGUAUAUGUACACAUCGUGUAAUAAGAAGAGCCAGAGAGGAAUUAAUAAUUCGAUUCGGGACGCGUUACGAAGACUGAGGUAUGGUAAAAAAGGAGAACGAACAAAGGGCGAGCGACUGAAACGACGGCGGACGAUCGAGGAGUGGGAGUGGGAAUGACAAAAUGGCGGAUACGAAAUCGCGAAUAUAUACGAGAAAAAACGUAAAAGCAGGUAGGAUCGGGAGAUAAGAAACUACGCAAAUUCACGCCGGCGAGUGUAUCCCUAAAUUCGUAUAUAUUGCUAUUUAAAGCUACGUGCUGUGCCUGGUGAAGCCUCGAGAGACGAAUACAUACCCUUAAAGCAUUGCCAGUAUAUAUCUCUAGUUAUCACUUAUAAACGGUUGAGAGACUAAAACACAUUCGCGAGGCGAGAGGAGAAGAUUAAUUAACGAUUUUGAGGAACGAACCAUUGAAAAUGAUUAUUAUAUAUUUAAAGACGAUUAAAAGAUGAAAAAAAAAAAACAAAUAAAAUAAAACGAAUAAAACAAAUGAUGGAUAUGUAAUGUAUGAUGGAUUCCAACCUUCGUUAUAAACACGUCAAUUUAGCAACACACUAGUAUAGUCGUGUAAGCUUGGUCGCAUAGGUUUAAGACACUAACGGUUACCUUCGCACGAUCAUCAGCCAGUGAAAAAUGAAGAUUUAAGUAACACGUGGCACGUUUAAAACGGUUUUUCAAACGUAUCAAAAACAUAAAAAAGCUCAAGGUUAUUCCACAUACUCUCAAGUGCAAGUUGGAGGAACGAAAGUGAGGUUAUAUCUGUAUAAAUACAUACGCGUAUAGAUAUAUUUAUAUCAGAGGGCAUUAUCCAGGUACGUUAUUGAAGCCACGGCCGAUCAGCUGACCCCUGGCAUCUUUUUUCACGAAUUUUUUAAUCCAACUUAACCGUUGAUUGUUGCUGGGAAUAUGAAAAAAUUGCAUUGCAGCCGCUCGAUGUAAACAUUUUUUGACACGAAUCUCUCAACACACACUGAGAAUAUUUUGAAUGAAUUUCAACACUUCUGACAGCAAUAAAUUCACCAAGAUACGAAUUUUCAUCGUUGAAAUGUUUUUAUUUUAAUUCUUUUGACGUUUGCUUCCUACGCUCAUGUUCGGAAUCUGGAAAAUACCGAUUAUAUAAAUAUAUUUAUGAGAGUAUCAACCGCGCGUACGUCGCCGCGGUGAACAGCGUAUAACCACGAAUAUUAAACGACGAGUUGGACAUACUUUUGUCUCUCACUAACGAUUUUCAAAGAAAUUAUAUCUUGCGCGAUGGGCGAGAAUCGUGAAUUUAAAAUAAAUAUUGAAACGAACGAAGAUGCAGGUGUGAAGGAGAGCAUUGGCCACUGCACAAUAUGGUCGGACGAUGUUUUGUUGAUGAACACAAAAGAAAUACCAUUAUUAUAUAAAUAUAAUAUUUAUAACACUUUAGAUGAAUGUGUAAGGGAGCGAGUAUAAUUACAAAAAGAAUAAGAACUAAAAGUGAAAUAAAUAACGCGCCCGAUUGAAUGUUCGAGACUGAAAAUAUGCGAAAUCGUAUUAAUUAAUGUUAAUCAUCUAAUUAUCCGAUAGCCCGAAUUUUAUCGUGCAAAUCGUUUUCUUUUUAUAUAAUCAAUCGUGAAAAACGAUGAAGAAACGCGAAAAAGGCGCAGUUCCCUUCUUCGCGGUCAAUAAUCGAUUGCGAACACGAUGAAUAAAAAGGCAACUGUUUUUGGCACCAUUACAAAUGAAUAAAUUGACAUUAAUUAAGAUAAAUUGAUGAAAAUUAAAACUGAAUUACACUCAACUGUCAAUCAGUGAAUUGGAAUUUGAAAUAUUUUGUUAUUUAAUUGAGAAUGAAAAUAAAUCGAGACAGCUAUCAGCUAAUUUAUCAAAUAUAUCAACGAGUUAUUUAUCAUUCAUAAACUCAUUUAUCGAAAUAGAUAUUGAUUGGAGGAAGAAGAAAAACGUGGGAUGAAGAGGCGAAUUGAGAAAGGAAUGCUGCACCAAAGUGUUUCAAUCACUCACUGUCAUUUACAGCUCGUACGCCGAAACUCUCCCUCGCAUAGACGCAGGAAAAAAGCUCAAGUUACGGAAAUUCACACACGCACACUUUUUCCCCCUCCCUUUACCGCCAUUCCCGGAAUAAUUAAUCGCGAUCUCCAUGCGAAGAACAUUGUCACUAUGACGGUUGAGUGCCGCUCGUUUCUUUCGUGUUCGCGCUUUUUCACGCACUUCCGAAGCCUCGCUCGUUUCCUCCUUGUUUUCGGAUCUGAAAAACGUAACGGUUAUUUGUCGCACGGUGGCGCUACUGAGACCCCUGGCGUGUCUUUCUCAAACCCAAAUCGGUGAUUUUUUUCCUCGUAAGCACGCUGCUUUCGUUCCAAGGCCCUGCACACGGAUUCGCUUGAAUUUAGUGACCGAACAAAGACCGAAAAGUGUUAAAACGACGGAAAAUCCGAGCGAGUAACGACUUUUGAUUUAGUGCUUAAAAAUUCGCUUUUCUCGUGGCAUCGAUGCAAAUCGAAAUUUUUUCAUUCGUUAUUGCAUCCCAUUGUUUUCUUUGUUUUUAUUUCCUCCUCCCUGUAAUCAUACUCGGGGAAAAAAUCCAGUUCAGGAGACGUGGAAAUUUCUGGCAUUCGCGGUAUCGACCAAGACGCCCGCGAGCCUCAUUUAAUUUAUAAUUAAUUAGCUGCACGAGCUCUGAGCGAUCUCAGAUCCGUGAAGAACCGAACAAAAGUGUAACAUCUUCCCGAAUCGAUUGUUGGCCUCGAAAUCCGAGGGGAAAACAGAAUUUUUUGAAAAAACUUAAAAUCUAAUUAUUAUUCGUCCAUAUUUAUUGAAUCACGAUAAUCAUUGUUGAUGAUCAUUAGCAUUGCGACAAUUGUGGCGAUGUAAAUUGAUGCAAUUUGUUGGUUAAAAAUGGUGAAUCCACAUGACUUGUCGUUGUGAUAUUAAAGUAAUACAGAAAAUUUGAUUUUUCGUUCUCUACUUCUCUUUCGAUCGAAUGACUGAAACGUGCCGUGCGGUUGCCCGAGCCAAUAAUCGUAAAAUUGUUGAAGCGAAGCGUGAAAAUGAGAUUUAUUUUAUCCGUGAUUCUCUGGUUGAUAAUGAAAAAAAAUAAAAUAAAAUAAAAAAUAUUCGUGAAAAAAUAGUGAACGAUAAGAAGCGAAAGAAUACCGAGAGUAAUUUGAUUGGUGUACAGAUUCAAAAUGGAUUUCACGCUUGUUCGUAGUUCCAUCAUUGAUUUAUAGGUUAAUUGAUAAAAGUCUCGUUAUAGCCCAACACUCCAUUUGAUAUAAAAUAUAUUUAUAAACAGUGAGCAUUGGUGCGUCGAUCUCCAGUCACGAGUGUGUGUUUACAAGCGUGUGUAUACGUGUGCGAGUGAAUGAGAAAGCAAAAAAAAAAUAUCGAAAGUAUCGUCAAACUCAUCGAUGAGCGCGGUGAUUUUGAUAAAAGCGUUGUUAGCGCGAGUAGUUAUCGAAAAAUAACGAUUACACGAAGCACGAUUAAAAGAGUGUCGUUUGUUAAAUGUUGUUAAUUAAUAUAAAAUUAGAUGCGAAAUUAUUCCCACGUCAAAAUCCAUUUGACCGUAACUCGCGCGUGAUUAUUCGCAUUUUCCUAUAAAUUCGACAGUCGGGGGAACAAAUUAUUCAAAUUCUAUUCACGAGAGUCAUUUCAUCGAGCGCUAAUCGCGUGAGCAUUUAUAAAAACAAUCAUGAAUAUUCCGAGGAUAAAUGCACGAGAGAAAUUAUGAAAAAACGUUUUCGAAUUUCGUGACUCCGCGUCGGUUUUUUCAGUGUCGAAUAAUUGCACAUUUGCUUCCACCCGAUUAACAACUAUUUUUUCAAACUCGUAAGUUUAAAUUCAUGGCCAGGGCAUCAGCACGACACGCCGAGACCCGAACAAAAAAUCAGACUCGAUUUCGUAUAUUUUAUUCACGAAUGAGCAAAAAACAACCCGAGAUAUAUAAUGGUUUUUCCUUGUUUUCUUUCUCAAUAUUUUUCACAACUUUCGAGCGUCUUGCUGAAAAGUAAAUCGAAGUUGCGAGAGUACUGAAAACCAGUUAAAACAAUGAAAUAAAUAAUAUUAACGAAAGAUUUGAGUAACGAUACAAAUUCGCCAGUGAUGAAACUCGAAGAAAUUGAAACGAAAUGAGCGCGAAGGGCAGAAACAGCGGAAAGGAACAUUCCCGGAAAUAAUGAUGGAGAAUAAAUGAUAAGUAAUAAAUAUGAUGAUCACCCUGUAGGUAAAUACAACUUUUAUACAGAGUAUUAUAUUCAUUAAAAGUACUGUGAAACUAAACCUUAUAUAUUAUAACGAUACUAGUAUUUGAACAAAAAAAAACAACUAAUAUUUAUACACAUACAUAUAUGAAUACAUAUAAAUAAAGGUAAUAUGCAAAGAUUCGUAGUGCACACGACACACGUGAUUGUUCGCACAUAUUUAGAUAAAAAGAAAAAAUGAAUAAUUAUAUAAAUACGUUCAAAGUACAUAGAAGUGCGUGGCCGAGGAGAACCGUACGGUGAUAAUAAAGAAAAAAGCGGAGAGACUAAGCUAAGAAUAACGGAAUAAGGGUUUAAAUGGGACGACAGGGAAGGGGGACGGGGGAGGGGGGGCGAGCAGCGAAUAGCGAGCCGGGAAGUGACUGCACCUUCGUUCGUUCGUUCGUUUGGUUGUAAAGUAAAUUGAGUUUUGGGUUGAAGCUGGAAAAAAAAAUGGGCGAUAUUAGAGGGCGUUGGGCCCCGCGAGAGAAGCGUGAAUAACGAGAAAAAGUAGGGGUCCAGAUCCGGGACGAAAACGAAUUGAUAAAGGGAAAAACACAAGAGGUUGCGAGAGUGAGAGGAGGAAGAAACGAGUCGCGCGAUUGGAUGGAGAAAACGACGCUGCGUUGAACACACGAUUCGUAAUCCAGGACUAUAAGCGUACACGAUACCAGUUCAAAUCACGUUAACGAAAACUGCCAACUUCAUAUUAUUAUACGUUUUAGUCAAUCAGUGCGGGAGAAGAGAACGCGUCUGGGAGAACAAAGCAAAAUGUGAGGAGAGGGAGGGGCAGCGAGGAAGGGGGAGGAACGAAAAAGACGUUAGCGACAUCACACACCGACGCGUCGAAAAUGCCAUCGGAUUGAAACCCCAAAGUUCGUCGUAGAAUAAACACACAUUUGCCCCCCGCGAUUAUCUAAUGUGCUAUAUUAUAUAUAAUGCAUUAAUCAUUGAAGGGUGUUUUAAAAAGGAAGAAUAAUAGAGUCAGGAAAAAAGCACAAUUUUAUAAAUUGUCAGGAUCGAAGAAAGAAUUCAGGCGUCGCAACAGUCCGGUCAUAAACCCAUGAAAAAAUGUCUGUAUCUGUGGAUACAUGCUACGAUCUCGUCCAUCGACUUGAAACAAAACAGAAGAAAACAAAACCGACAACAAAAUAAAAAAAACAAAGAGCGUAAACAGCUAUUAAAUACUCAGUAAUUCUGUCUAAUUAAUUGACUCGCCAAAACGAACGAUAAAAAUCAAAUUCACAAAUAUAUAUGCACGCGGAAUCUUAAUCCCAAUUUGAAAACUAAUAUAAAACAAAUGAAGGCAAUCUCGCGCGCGCGCGCGCGCGCGAGAGAGAAACGGUGAUUCGAUGAGCGCGAACAACGAGAACGUCGUUUCAGAGUGAAAAAUGUACUUACGUCGACGCAGAAACGACGAUCAUGGACGAUGAAUCUCGCAUAACCACAAAGGGACGAUUCGAACGACACGCAGCCACACACUACACAACACGCGCACACAAACACACACACACACACGAACACAAAAAGACGAAAUUCAUAACAAAAAGAACAAGAUGGGAAAAUUAUCGUAAGUAAUGAAAGCGACGUUAAUUAAAAAUAACAACUAUAUACAUAAUAAUUAGUAUGAAGCAGUCAACACUAUAUAUAUAUAAAUAUACCAUAAUAUAUCUACAAACGAAAAUAGAUAAAUAUAGAAACGAUGGAAACGGAGUACCGAAACACGCAGCAUUAUUCAUUAAAAAGAAAUUGCAAUAUAAUGUUACUUUUAAGUACUGUAAAGUAUGACGUUAUUAUACUUAGCAGGAAAACAAAAACAAACGAUAACAGCAGUAAGAAGAAAAGAGAGGAAGAGGGGAAUACCUUAAUGAUAAUGUACCAUCAAUAUAUAUAAUACACACUCACACAUUUUUCGCACACGAGAGUAUGACUAAGAGUGCCGAUAUGAAAAUAAAAAUCUAUUAUUAUUAUUAUUAUUAUUAUUAUUAUUAUUAUUAUUAUUAUUGAUUAUUAAAAUUGCGUUGAAAAGUGUUGAUAACGACGACUUCGAGUUGCGAAGAGUUUGCGCGACCGGAACGUUCGAGGUACAAUCACAAACUCACGUUUUUCCCGAGCGUAUAUACAUAUAUUUACACGUAUAUACAUAUGUUUACAUGCAUAUAUGUGUCUUAUUUAUAUGUAUAUACAUACAUAUGUAUAUUGAUAUCCACAUAUGAAAAGAAGAAAUAAAAUAAUAAUAUUCGAGAUAUUAACAUAUAAAUAUAUAUAUAAAUAUUUGAAAAUGAAUCAAGACGCCCGCGUCCAGAAAACGCAUCAUGAGAUUUUUUUAGUAAAUAUAUACGGCGUCGCACUUCCGAUACUGAAGCUAUGUAUAAAGUUCGAAGGAAUAUAACGAAGGAAGAGGAAUCGUGAGAAGAUCUACUUACCCUCGUAUAUAUGCAUCAACCAGUCCGCGCAAUAUGAGUUUUUCAGCCACAUUGGUUUCGAGCGUCGACUAUUAUAUAAUACAUAACAUUGUAUACACUCCCAAUCACAUUAAAACACUUUUCAAUUGAUUUAUAUGCAUGCGUGUACACGUUUACUUUACUUUUCGAUUCAUUUACAUAUCUUUGUAUAUAUAUAUUUGUAUAGAGGAACUCGGAGCAACAUUUGGGACAGAGGGGAUGAUGAAAAUCGAAGUCUGCAGGAAUGAUUUUAUUUUUCGGUAGCUAAAGUCACAAUUUUUCAUCAGAUUUAAUGAUUUAAAUAGUAAAAGUGCUUUUUUUUUUUAUUCUCUUGCUACCGGUCCAACUCGAUCGUUGUUUGUGAAAUUAUCGAUAAAGUCACGCGUGAAAAGUGAAAUUUCGGCUCGAGGCUAAUCCCACGCCGCUUCUCGCCCGUCAUUCCUCAGAGGGCGCUCUUCUCACUCCGGUGUUCCAUUUUGUUCCCGUCUGUCCGUUAACCACACAUUUUACGAAGUUACUUGAGACACGAUCUCUGGCCCCCUCGUUUCAUUAUUUCGCGUCUCAUUCUCCUCGGCAAACGCGCACCCCUUUUUCAACAAAUAUUAAAAUGAACGCGAGAGCAAAAAAAAAAGAACGAUCGAAAACGAAGCAGAAAUAACGAUAUAUGAAUUACACACUGUAUUCGUUAACUGGAGCUAUGUUAAUUAACAAAAAAAGAGUGAAAAAAAAAACGAAAAAAACAUGGAGACAGGAAUCGAAAAAGUUAAAACUAUUACCACGUAAAAAAUGCUGCAAGACAAAUUAUAUUUAUAUAUAUGUACGUAUACAUGUAUAUGCGUAUGAAUAUAUAAAUAUGAAAAAAAUUAUAUAUACAAAUAUAUAUACUUGACAUUGAACGAGGACGAGAGCAAGAGAACGAGAGAGUUGUGUGUGUUUACUGCGUGAAAGAAUCGAGCGAGCAAGAAGUGCGGGAGAAAGAUUUAUUCGAGUGAUUGAAAAUAUUAUAAAAUGCGUGAUCACGAGUCGUUUCGAGAGUACCAAAUUCUAAAAAGAAAAAAAAAAAAUAUGUAUCUAACAUUAAAACUGCAUAUGUAGCAUACAUAUUUAUUAUUACGGAUAAAGUAAAAAAACAAAACGAAAAAAAAUGGGAAAAAAAAACACGAGAAAAGGAAGAAAGAGACGGAGAAAAAAAGAAGUAAACAACCCUUCCCGUAGGUUGGGCACUAUCUUGAAACAAUUAUUAGGUAACCACUUGUAAAGUAUAAUUAUUAUAAAAGAAAAAGGGGAAAAAAACAAAAACGAUAUUGGACGAUUAUUAUUAUUAUAUAAAGAAAAUAAAAUAUAAAAAAAAGGGGAGAAACGAAAGGGGUUGAAGAAGGAAUGAAAAAUAAAAAGGAAGAAUAAUGCGCCAACGACAGGCGCGACAAGAACGCCGUUCGUUUGUACUAAACGCGUUAAUAUAAAAAUUUAAAAAAAAUUAAAAAACAGAAGAAAAACAUACACAACCUUACACACAGAGACAAAAAACGUAGUUUUUAGAUAAAAACAAACGAGAUGGAAAAAUAUUACGAAAACAAUGAUAAAGUUCACAGAUAUGGGGAAAAAUAUGAAAAGAAAAUUAAAAAAAAAAAAAAAAAACAACAACAACAAAAUGAAAUAGUCCUGAACGAAUGUUUAACCGCGAAACAAUUAUAUAAACGUAAGAAUGUGCUGCGUAUGUAUAUUAUGUGUAUGAAUCUGGGGUCCGUAUUUUAUGGAAGUUCCUCAUCCUCAAGGAAAGAUAAAAAGAAACACGAAAAUGAUUAAAAAAAAAAAAAAACACUGACCGAGAUUUUGUAGAUUUAUCGACGAGGGUCUUCUCCGGAUCUGACAGUGGUUUUCUUCUUUUUUUCUUCACUUCGUUCGUAUAUAUUAUUGUCUAUCUCGCUUUCGUAUAUAAUUUUUCGUUUACACAAAUGCUCACACGCAAGCAGCUUGACGGAAGAAAAAAUAAAUAGGAGGGAGGGAAUAAGGAAUUGUCGUUAAAAAGGAAACCCAGUGAAAUAUAACGUGAAGCCGGUAUGUACUGAAAAUGGAGAAAACUUUCAAGAUUCCAGCUAAAUUGAUACAAAUAUAUGAGAAAGAAAAAACGAAAAAAAAUUAUGAAAAAACUGACAGAUCCUGGUAGACCCUGGUGAAUGAAAAAAAAAUUCGCUAUAAAAGUCGUUUUUGUAAUAUCCGAAUAAAAAUGCAUAGUCGAAGAUUUAAAAA